AAAAAAUGAAAAAUUACAAAGUUUACGAGGAAAAAGAACAACUGAGUAAUAAAUCGGUUUAUAGAGAAACACUUUAUUACAUUAAAGACAAAUAUAAAGAUGAAGAUAUUAUAGAAGAAAUGGAAUUAGAUCAACAAAUGCAAUCACCUGAUGAAAUUGUAUUUGAUAUUAAUGAAAUGACAGAAAUUGGAUUUAAUAAAGAAUUUAAAAAUGCAAAGACUUUUCAUGAUGUUUUUAAUAAUUUUUUGUUAGGAUUUAAUUUUGCAAUGUUAUGUGGAAAAUCUGUUGAAGAAGGUAUGGUUAAAGUGAUAAAAAGAUAUUAUACAUCUCCUGUUUAUUUUAUCAAACCGUUAGAAGGACCUGUUCAUUUACAAUAUUUAAAAAAUAACAAUUUGUCAGCUGCUUUUAAUAUUUUGGAAAACGAGAGUGGUUGGAGAAUAAUACGUCUUUGUAGUUUUAAAGUCAAAAGUUUGAGUCAUUUAUCUGAUAAAAGCAUGAUGAAAUUAAGAAAUUAUGAAAUGGGUGGUAAACGAGUUGCUGAAAUGACAGUAGAAGAAUUAAAGGAAAGGAGAGAAAAAGAUAGAAUAAGAAAAAGAUUGCAAAGAGCUCAAAUGACAGUAGAAGAAAAAACGGAAACAAGAGAAAAAGAUAGAAUAAGAAAGCAAAGCAAAGAACCAAAACAGUUAAAAGAGGUUAAACAAAAAUCGAAAAAAAAGAAAAAAAAACGCUCUGAGAUGUCAUUAAAAGAAUUGAUGGAAAUAAGAGAAAAAGAUAGAUUGCAAAGAAAAUUGACAGCUGAAAAACGAAAAGCUAGGGAAUCAAAUGAAACAAACGAGGUUAAACAAAAAUCAAAAAUUAAAAAGUCUUUUCAAAAUAAAGAAAUUGUAUACAAAAUGUUUGCAAACGAAUGGAGAGGUGAAUGGAAUAGACCUAUACAAUUGAGCAGCGAACACGUACAAAAAAACUAUUGUAAAAAAUAUGACAAAGGAAGUGUAAUAAAUGACAUUUCAACUUAUAGUAGAAAAUAUAAGAUGCUGUUAGACUAUAGCAGCUUGUUUGAUUCUGGCUUAUGUUUUUAUUCCUCUUUUUUAAUUUGCUUACUUAUUCGAAAAUGGCAAGUGACGACGAUUGAGCAAUGGAACGAAAACGUUCUCGACAAAAACGGUAGAGAUUUUUAUUCGGAAGACAACAUUCUUGAGCAUGUUUUACGCGACGAAUGCGAGAAGAGUCAAUGGGAAAAAAAAUUAAUGGAACUCAGAGAAAAAUGUAAACACAUGUCGUUUGAAAAUUUGUUAGAAUUGGCGCAAUCUUUUGUUUACGAUGUCGAGUUUGAUCGUAUCAACAUCAAAUUGUUCGCGGUUAAUAAAAAUCCGCAAAGAAUAAGACUAAUGCAUCCUCAGUAUAAAUCUCAAUACAAAACCAGUUUAACCGAAUUGUUCAAAGUGGUUUAUGAAAGCAAAAACAUAACGAGAGAAGAACGAAAUUGUUAUCGCGAUUUUGUUAACGAUGAAGAAAGACAAAAGCAUAACGAACACAAAAAAAGCGUCAACACUCUUAAAUUGGCUAUAGUAGAAAAAAAAGAUCAUUUUCACGCUGUGUCUAUCAUCAACGAACGAUACGUCACUCAAUUUCACGACGGCUCUUUUCAACAUUGCUCGCAAUGCAAUGAAAAAUUUGUUAAUCAUGCUCACAACGAUUGCAAAGGUUAUUACAAAAAAAAUAAAUUUACCUAUUCUAACACAAGACAAUAUAAAGAAGGUCAAAAAGAAUUUAUGAAUCGCAGUAGAAAUUUGUUUCCCUUUUUUAUUACCUAUGAUUGUGAAACUACCAACACUCCAGAUGAUUCUCGACAAACAAAACUAGUUCAAUCCGUCUCGUCUAUUUCGUACUUUUGUCAUAGCGUGGUUAUUCAAUGUAUAGAUGAAAAUUUAGCAUUGGAAUGCUUUGGUAGAGACGAAAGAGGAAAAACCAUUACGCAAUGGAUUUAUUACUACGAAAAUACUAUAGAUAGUUUAAAAAGAAAUCCUUUAAAAUUGUUACCAAGCGCUUUAUAUGAUGCAGUGUCUACGUUGCACUUUACGCAUCGAGAGCUGUUAUAUUUAAAACUUGAUCCUAGUGAUCCGAACAUAGAAAACAAAAAAAACGAGUUGCGUGUUUACGAUUUAAUUGUGCUAGCAGAUACCUUAGUGCGAUUUGCUUACAAUGUAUUGCUUCCAAAACAUCAACAUUUAAAGUUGUCACCAGAAGAAAGAAUUCUGGUAUGGGAAAAAGCAGAACCUUUGUGUACUGUUUGUCGUUAUGUUGUAGACAAAUUUGCUCAAAGCGAUAUUUUAAAAUUUAAGAUAGAAGAAGAAUUGGAAUAUUUGGAUCACAACGAAAUAAGAACCACUUACAACGAUCAGCGAAUACAAGUUAUCAAUUUUAUAUUUCAAAAAAUAAGUAAACUAGAACUUUUUGCAUUAAAUUUACAAGUCCAAAAUUAUUUGUUAAAACACAACGCUGAAAAAAUCAAAACAGACUUGUUAAACGUGUCUACUCUUUACUAUGUUGUAUGUCGUUGGUGGGACGCUUUCAAAUAUAAAAAUCCUCAAAACGGCUUAUUGAGCGAUUAUGUUAGAACGAAUUUCCAUGAACUGAUAGAUUUAAUGAAAUACUUUGGUUCACUGGUUUUAAACGAGCACGAAUUAAGAGUGUGGUUUGAAAACGACCCUAUUGAAUUGUUAUCUGUCAAACACUUUUUAAUCCACUUUUUUAAAAAAUGUAUGGAACAAAUUAGAGUCGAUUGGGAAUAUGAAUUUGGAAUGGGUAUCAAAGACGAAGUAACGUUUUUGCACAUUCUUUCUAAAUUAAAGCAUCCUGCUGUACAGCUAUGGUACGAAUGCAUGCUCCAACCUUUCGACUGUGAAUAUGAAAAUAAAGUCACUCUAAAAGAAUUGUGCCGUGAAGAUCAAAAGCGUGAGCGAUUAUUAAUACAUUGCCAAUUAUUUCUGUCUUCGUUUGAAGAUUUUUUAGUAAUCGAUCACGAUCAUUUUUCUGGAAAUGUUUACGGUUUGGCGCAUGAUUCUUGCAACAAAAACAUCGGUAGAUGCAAUGCUCAUUUGACUUGCCCUAUUUUUGCGCACAAUGCCGCUUUCGAUAAUCGAAUCAUGAUAGUAGAAGGAUUGCGCAAAUUUAUAGAUUUACCCUUAUACGAAAGCGCUGGUGAUAGCGAAGAUGAACCUUUUAAAGCCUUUCUCAAAUAUACCUCUUUUGAAGAUAUGUUUGUUAUUGCGCAAAACACAAGCAAAGUUCGAAUAAUUUCUUUCGGUAAGCAUAUACAAAUAGUGGAUACUUUAAGAUUGCUCAACUGUUCUCUGGAACAAGCUUGUUCUAUGUUGUCUCAACCUGCUCAAAAAAAAAUAAUCAACAGCAUGUUGCACUACUUGUAUCCCAUUUUUCCUCACAUCAGCGCUGACAAUUUGAGUGAAUGCGAAGAGUUUCAACAUUGUUUCAUCAAAAAAACAUUGUUUCCUUAUGAGCAAAUUAACGAUGCACUUUUAGACAUUGAAUACAAAUCUUUUCCUCCCAUAGAAAUGUUCGCAGAAAACCUACUCAUGAGAUCAAAGAGUUUGCGAGAAGAAAUUGAAAAAAUUAGAGUGCCUUAUGAAAGUGUAAAAAAAUUGUGGCAUUUUUUAAAAUUGAAAACGUUGAGACCGCUGUUAGAAAUUUAUGCCGUUUUAGAUACGGUUGUUUUGGGAGCAGUCAUGUUGGAUUUUGACGAAAGGACUUAUCAAUCUACAAAAUUUCACAUUCUCAGUCACAUUAGCAUUUUUGGUUACGCUAGCAAAUUUAAUUCUACGUUAAGUUUGAUACAAAUUCAAUACCCUCCUACUCAAGAACAUCACGAUAUGAUUGAAGAUUGUCUCAGAGGCGGAAUGUCUACCAACGGUACUCAAAGGUAUGCCAUUGAUACAGAUUAUUUUGAAAAAAAAAUGAACGAAUUGAAUAUAAAUUCAGAAUUGGAUGGUUGUGUGUACUUUUUUGAUGAAAACGGACAAUACGGUGGAGCUCAACUAAAGCCUCUUCCAUUUCAAAUGCGUUACACUUUUGAUAUAGAUUGUAAAAAUUUGCAAGAGGUAAUAGACAAAUACCAUCGAGUCAAUGCUAACGGUUUCUCCACUAGCGCCCUUGUCCAUUGUCAAAUUAGCAUGCUACCAGAAUAUCAAGAUAAAGUAGGAGGCUAUUCGCCUAUGAUUAAAAAAGAAAUCAUUCCUUUGCAAUAUUAUUCUCCUACAGAAAUAGCAUCUAAACGAUAUCUUAAAAAAAACGGUAAAUACGCUAUACAAAACGACAAGACUGUCAAACUUGUUAUGAAAUUGAGUUCGCACGAAACCGUAGAAUGUUUAGAUACUCUCAUGUGGAUGACUCGUCAUUGCGGAGUUUUGUUAGAAAAAAUUUACAAAGUCUUACCAGUUUGGAGAUUUCCUUUGGCUGAAAAAAUGGUUCGUGAUAACAUUGAAAAGAGGAAAAAAGCUGUAGAAUCAGGUGACCAAGUCACAGACGCUUACAGAAAAUUGUUAACCAACGGUCAUUUUGGUAUUUUAGCAAGGAGAUCAGAAAAAAAUGUCAGUCACGAAUUUAUUGUACAUGCUGAAAAUGCUUUUCAAAACAUGAUCAAAAAUUUGCAAGAUAUUCGUCUCUAUUUGUUAACCGAUAGUGGUUAUAACGAUUCGCAAAUAAAAAAACUCUUUCCUAAGCACUUUCAAAAUUUGUUAUAUCGAGAUGAUGGCUACGUCGGUAUUGAACCGAACAGAUACAAAUUAGAUAUUAUAGCUAAAAAAGUGUGUCUCGAUACUUACGAAACAGUAGAUUAUGCCUACGAUACCUAUUUUAAAGAACUUUUGUUUAAUGUUUCGAACGAUGUUAAAACCAAGAGUGUUUUGUUUUACGGAGAAAGCAGUGUAGAAUUUAAAGAUAUUUUUGAACUUUUCAAAUCUGACACUUCUUUUUAUAAACAGGCUUUGAUCAUGAGAUCGUUUGAAAAAAUGAAGUCGUCAAACAAAUCUCUCCGUUUGCCUGCUGCACAUAUAUUAUGUUUAGCUAAACUAAACAUUGCUCAAUUUUCAUGGCAAUUGGGAGAAAUUUUACGAAAACGAGGAGGUGAAAAAUUUUUAGUAGCCACAGACACUGAUUCUUGUUGCAAUUUUAUUGUUAGAAAAAAAGAAAAAAAUAAAGUUUUACCUUUUCGAGUUCAAGUAGACGAGUGGCUAUUUUAUUCUAGUUUUGAUAAAUGGCUUGAUUAUUCAAAUUAUCCCACUGAUCAUCCCUUUUUUUCAAAAGAGUUUGCUAAAGAAACCGAUUAUUUUCAGAACGAAAUUCCACCGCCAAGAUAUAUAUCGCAAGUCAUAGCCAUGGGCGCCAAAUGUUACAGUGUGGAUAGCGUAAAUGAAAAAAAUGAAAAAAAAGGAAAAAAUAGAGCUAAAGGUGUACCCAAUUAUAAAUUACGUUUUGAAAAUUACAUUGACGGUUUAUCAACUUAUACAGCUGAAAAAAUAUUUAGAAAUUUAAAUAAUCAAUUGGAUUGCACUAUAGAUCCUGUUACUCAAAAUAGAAUGCGAUUAAAUGUCGAUAAAGUCACUAUCAACAAACACGAAUUGCGUUUUUUAGAAAAGUUUACUCAAAAAAAUUAUGUCUUUGAUGAUAACCUAUUGACAGAAAUAAGAGAUCAUUAUCGUUUAGAUCCUAUUGUAAAAGCUAAUUUAAAAGUAUUACCAAACAUUGAAGAAUUUUGUAGCGACGAACAUUUACAAACUUUGUUGAUCAUUGAAAAAAAAAUAAUUAACGACUCUAACAGAUACAAAACCUUGGUAAGAUUUAAUAAAAAUGUAUCGAUUCCUUUACUCUAUGAUUUUAAAACAAAAAUCAAUAAUUAAAAUUAAAAUUAAACUAAUUAAACUAAUUAAAAAAAUAAU